AUGGAUUGGAAAUCAGAUAUAGUUGGUCAAUUAAAAGUUCACAAACAUCAAUGGAAUAUUUUCGAUGAAAUUAUAGAGCAUUAUAAUCGUCUUUUGGAUAAUCAUGUUUUUGUUCAAACUCGAUGUGCUAAACUUGAAAAGGAUGUUGGUCAUUUGCGUUUGGCUAAUGCCGGAUUAGAAAAAGCAUCAGAAGCUAGUCAAGAAUUAGCAAAUACAAACAGUAAAUUAUCAGUUGCAACAGAAGAAGUUGUGAUGCAUUUACGAGAAAAAGGAGAACUUGCUGGAGAAGUUCUUCGACUUAAUCGUGCAUUGAGUGAAAUGUCUGAUAAAUUAGUUAACGAAGAAUCAAAAGUUCAACAAUAUAAAAAUGAAAACGAGCAAUUAAUUCAGAAAUUGGAGAAAACUGAGACCGAAUUGAAUGAUUAUAUAAAUAUAAAUCGAAUACUUCGAGAGGAAUUUAUAGCUGCACAAAAUAGACUUGAUCUAUUACAAAUAGAUUAUAGUCGAAUGAGACCAGCUUUUCUAGAAUUUGAACAACAAUUAGAAACCGAAAGAAGAAUAAAUAAACAACGUGAAGAUGAAUUAAUAGAAUGUAAAAGGGUUCAAUUGGAAAUGCUUAAUGCAGAAGUUGAACGAUAUAAUAAACGAGAUCGAGUUCGUAGAGAAUCCAAUAUUAUUGAUGGUGAUUUAGUAGUGAUUACAACAUCUCGCACAAGUUCGUCUGAUUUCAGUACAUCUGGUUUAGUAAAUACAAAUAAGUCAUCAACAAAUGAUCAUGAUACAAUGCAAAAUUCUACAGGUGAAUCUUAUAGUCAUGAUAGAAGAAAUACUACAACUAAUAUAUCUCUUGUUGGAGGAAAUAUAUUUUCAAAGGUCAAAGGUAUGUUCAAUCUUGGAAUAACCAAUGUAGCAAAUGAUAGACUUUAUCGAACAUCAACAUUUUGUGCGGCAGCUUCAGUUCCAACACGUGAACUUCAUCAUUGGGACUGCACUGAUUUAGAAGUAUAUACUCUUUUAUUUCAACCAUCGGGUUCAAUAUUAGCUACUGGAUGUAGUGAUAAAAUGAUUUAUCUAUGGGAAAUUGCAUCAUCAGGUCAACCAUAUAAAUAUUGUACGCUUCAUGGCAGUCAUGGUGCAAUCAAUGCACUUGAUUUUGAUAAUGAAGGAAGUCGUCUAUUAGCUGGUUGUUCAGGUGAAAAAGCCUAUAUUUGGUCUUAUGGUGAUAAUCGAAUGCUUAAAGAUGUAUAUGCUGGUCAUGAGAAAGUUAUACAUACAUGUAAAUUUAUAUCAGGAACAAAAUUAGCAACUGGUAGUGCUGAUCGAUUAAUUAAAAUAUGGGAUCUACAAAGUCGACAAUGUAUACAAACAUUGUUUGCUGGAUCGAAAUGUCAUGAUUUAGUUAUAAAAGAUGCAUCUGGUACAAUCAUAAGUGGACAUUAUGAUAAGAAAAUUCGUAUAUGGGAUACAUCUUCAGAUAAAUGUCGAACUGAACUACAGUAUGAUGCGUCAGUAACAUCAUUAUCAUACAAUGCAGAGAGACAACAAUUAUUAGCAUGUUUAAAAGAUGAUACACUUAAAUUAAUUGAUUUAAGACAAAAUAAUGUUAUUUAUACAUUUAAUCAUGAUCAUUUUCAAGUAAGUACUGAUACAACUAAAGCUAUCUUAUCGCCGGAUGGUCGUUAUGCAUGUGUUGGUUCUCAAGAUGGAUCUAUAAUUAUAUGGAAUACAACAAAUGGUAUUUGUGAAAAAGUAUUACUUAAAAAUCAUACAACAAUGGUUACAUCAGUAGCAUGGCAUCCGGAAGGAAGAUAUGUUGCUUCUUGUGAAAAACAUCGACGAGUAAUUUUAUGGAGUGAUUAA